GCCUUGAUUGAACACAAGAAGAACAUUCGCCGCAAGAGGUGCUAGCAGCGUUAGCUUGUGUUCAGAUGACGGUGGUCUUUAGUUCGGACGUUUGAGGUUUCGGGAAGAAAGGACAGUAUGUGGUUCGUGUCCUAACUCUCAGCAUUUAUCAAAUUAUCGUUUUGUGUAUAUAUGUGUUGUAAACACAACGUGGCUGUGAUUGUGAGGCUAGAAGAUGAUCGGAGCUGCAGUGAAGGACAGCGGUGUUUGUUUGUUGUGUGAGUUGAGCUGAAUCGGAGUAGCUGCAGUAACGAUGUCUUCAGAACCUCAGAGAGAGUAUGUCAGCGAACAACUUUCUGCAGCUGAAGUAAUCUUUCGACACUCUGAAGGAACAAUUGUCCCGCACGAGCAGGAGCUCUGUCGCCAGCGCAGACUGCUGGAUGUCAUCUGGAAACCACAGCACGCUAUAGUUCUCCCCCAGCAUUUUGUGACUGAAGAAGAAAAUCUCUGCAACCAUCAAAGGAUCUCCAGAGUGGAACAAGAUGAAUGGGAGCCUCCACAGAUUAAAGAGGAACAGGAGGAAUGGGAACUUCCACAGAUUAAAGAGGAACAGGAGGUACUAGAACCUUCACAGAUUAAAGAGGAACAGGAAGAACCAGAACCUCCACAGAUAAAAGAUGAGCAAGAAGGAUUCUGCAUCAGUCAGGAUGAAGAGAAGCUUGAUCUGAAGCAGGAGACUGAUAGCUUUAUGGAGACUCCUACUUAUGAGGAAAAUGAGCACAGUGAAGCAGAUCUAAACAAUCAGCCGAUCUUUAAUGUAAUUUAUAGUUGGGAUGAAGAAGGAAGCCAACACGAAGAAUCAACAUCAACUACAGAUGAAGAGACAGAUCCACAGAACAAAGAUCAGAGAAAGAAAGGAAACAGUAAUCGUUUCCGAAAUGUGCCCAGCUCUUAUCUGUCAGAACGUUCAUGUGACACUGAUGUUAGAAAAAAACCCAAGACGGUGACUUUAGUUAAGAAACACAAACAAUUACCAAAAGAAGCGAGACAUACCUAUGUAAAGUCUGAUAAAAGAAUAAAAAUUGCUAACAAUGUUUCUGUUCACAAGAGAACUAAAUCUGAUGAAAGAUUGCAUGUAUGUGAAGAAUGUGGUAAAACAUUUGAUUACUUGUCCCAUUUUAGACUUCACAUGAGAAGCCACACAGGAGAAAAGCCCUUUUCUUGUCAAGAAUGUGGUAAAGAUUUUAGCAAAAAAUCAAGUCUCAAAGAACACAUGAGAACUCACACAAGAGAAAAGCCUUAUACUUGUAAAGAAUGUGAUACAAGUUUUAGUCAUAUAUCAAGUCUCAAAACACACAUGAGAACCCACACAGGAGAGAAGCCUUUUUCUUGUAAAGAAUGUGAUACAAGUUUUAGUAAAAUAUCUAAUCUCAAAACACACAUGAGGACUCACACAGGCGAGAAGCCUUUUUCUUGUAAAGAAUGUGAUAAAAGUUUUAGUGAAAAAUCUAAUCUUAAAAGACACAUGGUGACUCACACAGCUGAGAAGUCAUUUUCUUGUCAAGAAUGUGAUAAACGUUUUAGUCAAAUGUCUUAUCUCAAAUUACACAUGAGGACUCACAGCAGAGAGAACCUUUUUCUGCAUCAUUGAGAUAUGAUAUUGGACCAGUGUUUAAAAACCCUGCAUAGUAAUUGGUUAACUUGGCGAUUCUCAUUCAGGGUGCUGAUAGUCUUUUUAGCCACAGGGAUAAGAAUACUGGACUUUUAACAGGGUGGAACUGUGUGCUGGGACAAAGAUUGGUUAAAAAUCCUGGUUAAGUCUCCGGGUAGCUGGUCAGCACAGGUCUUUAAGACAUGCCCUGGUAUACCAUCCAGUCCCACAGCUUUUCUCUGUUUCACCCUCCUCAGUGUACAUUUUACCCCUUGCUACUCCAGCAUCAGCAUUAGCUCCUUCUCUAACAGUGCCUCUUGUACUGUCAGUGCAUGGAGCUCAGGCCCCUAACAGCAAGCGCCUCCAGCAUGGACCUUUACCUCGAGCACUGGUCCCCAGUCAGGGCAAUAAAAGGCAGCAUAAGGUAUUUCUUUGCACCUAGAGAGCGACGAGGGUCAAUUUUUUAAAAGACUGAUAUAAAUGUUGACCUUUUUUCACUAAAUCAAUUUUUAGAUGUACCUGUUAAAAGAAUUGUUUAGAUAUGAACUAUAACAGAUGAAUAUCCAGCUCUUGGAUCUCUUAUAUCACUUUAAAAGUAUUGUUACUUUUUGUUACUUCAAUUUUUAGUUUGUUUUUCUUAAAUACAUUUUGGUAGCAGUUCAAAAGCAAUGUUCAAUUUGUGUUGGUUGAUUUUUAUUAGAAGAUUUUAGCAUUACAAUCUUUUGUUUGAAUUUGUGAAGUUGACCAUUGAUUAGUCUAUGCUGGGAUUUAUGAGUAUGGUAUCGAUGUCUGUGUGUUGCUAUGACAAUUGAAUUAUUUUGUAUACAUCUUUAAUUCUAACAUUACUAUGUGAUCAGUUAUCAUUUAAUAAUUAUUGUAAACUAAAGAAUGGCGACUGCAGUUUGUAGUUUGCUAAGUCAUUUGAACAAGUAAUGUUUUGAAAGAACAUAAUUUUCCCAAAAAUGUAGUGAGGAAGAGGUGGAUAAUGAAACACACUGGUGUUUCUGUCGUGUGCUCAUGUGAUUCAUGUUUUAUCAUAGUUUUUAUCUUUUGAUCUGUUCUUCUUGGUUUUCAGUGGUUUGUUACAAUUUUUACUGUCAAGAAUAAAGUGGAAGUAAACAUCAGAA